AUGGUAGAAAAAGAAGGUGUUCAAUAUUUAUUUGAUAUUGCUAGAUUUGAUGAUGAUUUUAUCUAUUUAUUGAUUAUUAAAAUGGAAAAUGGUGUAAAAUCAUAUUUUGAUAUCACUAAUGAAAAAUUAAAGGUUAAUAAGAAUCAAGAAAUUAAAUGGCGUAAUUUUGAUCUUGAAGGAAAUUUGGUUAAAUGUUUAAAGUUUGAUAAAAAGGAAAGUUAUGAAAUUACUUAUAAUGGAAAUGUACUCAUUAAUAUUUUUAAAG